AUGGAUCCAGAAAAAAAUAAAAACGAUGUGACAGUUGACGAUAUUCUAGAAAUCUUGGGUCCGUAUGGUAAAUACAAUAUUUACAACUACAUACUCAUACUCUUCCCCGUUUUGUUGUCUGGGAUGUACUCUUCUGUGUACAACUUCGAGGCCAUGGAUAUAAGAUACAGAUGCUCGACCCCAGAAUGCGAGGAUCCCAACGUUAACUUCACAGUUCCACAUCUUGAAGACGGUACACCAAAUAAAUGUCUGAAAUACGCAACGUUUUCCAACCUGACUGGUUCCAACGACACUUGCUCGCCACAUUACUUCGACCCAACAACGGAGAUUGAAUGCGAUUCUUUCAUGUAUUUUGAGGAACACUCCAUUGUUAAGGAGUUCAAUUUGGGAUGUCAGCAAUGGAAACGUUCUCUAGUGGGUACAAUCCACAACGCAGGAUUCUUUGUCUCCAUACCUUUAACUGGCCUUAUAUCAGACAAAUUCGGGAGACGUUGGGCACUUGUGUUCGCGAGUGUAUCAAACGGUGUAUUCGGUGUUAUUCGAGCAUUUUCUGUUAAUUACAACAUGUUCAUAAUUCUCGAAUUUCUUGAACCGGCGCUCGGUGGUGGAGUUUAUACAGCGUGUUUUGUACUUGCCCUGGAACUGGUUGGUCCACGUGGUAGAGUGCUCGUAAGUCUUCUGUUCAACAUGAUGUUCAUUCUGGGAGGAGUGUCCGUGACUAUACUAUCCUGGUGGCUUCAAAGCUGGCGAUACCUUCUCUUAGUAAUCUAUAUACCAGCAAUCCUAGUCUUCUUUUAUUUAUGGUCACUUUCUGAAAGCUUCCGUUGGCUGUUCAGCAAAGGUCGUUAUGAGGAAGGCUUGAAUGUCCUCGCUAAGUUUGAGAAGGUCAACAACGUGACUGUGCCCAAAGAGCAUUACGAUCUGGUAGAAAAAGCAGCCAUGAAACAGAGAGAUCAGAGGAAAUUCGAGGAACAGCUCACAAAUCAGUCUACCUUCAAACAGCUUCUAAUGUCACCUAUGAUAUGGAAAAGACUGUUCACGUCAUCGUUCCUCUGGUGUUCAUCCACAUUGGUUUAUUACGGUCUAUCGAUUAACGCCAUCGAAUUAUCAGGCAACAGUUAUCUUAAUUACAUAGUUGUAAUUGCAAUAGAAGCCCCUGCGAACAUUUGCAAGCUCAUCUGUCUAGAUCGCUUUGGAAGGAAACGGGUUAUAGCUAUAGCAUAUAUGAUGGCCGGCAUUAUUCUCAUCUGUUGUGGAUUCAUACCAGGUGGCAAUUGGUCUACCGCUUUUUAUUUAGGCGGUAAAUUCUUUAUAACGCUCGCAUACAAUUCGCUUUAUAUUUUUGCUGCUGAGAUUUUCCCAACCAAUUAUAGAACAACAUUGUUAGCGAUUUGCUCCACUCUUGGCAGAAUCGGUUCUGCGGUUGCUCCCCAAACUCCAUUAUUAGCACACGUAUACCAAUUCCUGCCAACUCUCGUCUUCGGUAUAAUGUCAGCGAUGUCAGGUUUACUUGUGCUCACAUUACCAGAGACGAACAAACAGAAAUUACCUGAUUCACUCAAAGAAGCACAAGACCAAGAUAGAAAAAUAGAUUCACAAGACGAAACAGUUGAAAAUAAAACCAGGCUUUAA